AUGAACAAUGAUGUUUUUGUCCCAGAGUCCUGCAGGGUGCUGCAGAGAUGGAGCAGGACUCUACCAGGUGAGCAGUUACACUUUGUAUUAGGUCUCUACCUUGUUGUGGUCAAGCAGCCAGCUUUCAGAUAUCUUCUUCAGAUCAAACACUAGAUCGCAGCAUAUCUUCAUGUUUAGGUAGUGAGUGGGAUGUACAGGCCACCUGUCUAAAGACAUACUGGUAGUUACAUCCUCAGGCUACAUUGUAUGAUGUAUUACACACAGUGUGUUGUGAUAGUGUAGAUCCUGUGUUGCUCCAACACCAUUGUACUGAAUGGGACACACUCAGGCCUGAAGCUGGCAUUAUCUCUGUCAGAGUCAGUUUAAGAUUAAAUAUCAUAUACAAACAGAAAUAAUAAAAAACAUUACAGCGGUUUUAAUGGCCUCAUGGAGGAACAUACCAAAGUUUCAUUACCAUCUGGUGUUUGGGUCAGCCUUCUACGCACCUGCAGCUGAAAACGGUGACUCUAACAGGAUGAAGACACACUGUAUUCAACUCAGUAAUAUUGACACUGCAGAAAAUAUACUAUGUCAGAAAGUUGCUGCUGGUAAAGAAAUGAGAAAUGUCAGCAACUCAGAUAUGAUCCCACUAAGUUAUUGGGACGCACAAACAGACAACGGUUCAAUUCUACAGGACCUGACAAAGACACGUCUGUAUGUACAUCUCACUAAAUCACAGUGGUAGGAAGCAUAGAGUUGCCGACAUUCCUAAUUUCCUUAUAUUAGUUUUCCUGUCCAGCACAAGUUGUAGCUCAGUUGAUAGAGCAUGGCGUUUGCAACGCCAGGGUUGUGGGUUCGUUUCCACGGGGGGCCAGUAUGAAAAAAACAUAAAAAAACAUGUAUGCACUCACUAACUGUAAGUCGCUCUGGAUAAGAGCGUCUGCUAAAUGACUAAAAUGUAAUUUAAAAUUUAAGAAGUUGUUGGGGGUCGUUCCACAAAAUGAGUCCCUUUUGGGUCAUGUAAAAGGAGAAAAUGACAUUUGAUUAUGCCUAAUUUUAACAUUAUGUCAUGUUCAACAUAACAAAAAAAACAUUUUCCCAAUAACAAAAAUGACUAUAGUAAAUGCCAAUUUUCAGGAUGUCUCCUGGUCUGACAAACAGCACUGUAGCUCUGCCACCUUCCCCUGCAGAUGCAGAAGGCCGACAUCGGCUGAUGCGGUGGAUUGAGGCGCAGCCCAUGCAAAAAAAAACAUAUGUCUAGCUUAGACAGAGUUUGCUGUUUUUUAACAUUAUUAUGCUAAUUAGAUUUUCAGGGGAGACGCGGACAUCAACUCUAGGGGGUUAAGUGCCAAAUAAAGUAACGGGGUUGAUGAUUUCAUCUUAAAUUAGCCAUACAUCCCCUUGUGACCGGGGGAAUGGUAUGUAAUAUGGAGGGGCAAUUUAAUGCAAGCUUAACAAAACAAUUGAAAUUGUCUUUCUAUCUAUGGAUAACUGGGUUGACAUGUUAUGCUCGAUCCACUCAGUUUUCCACAACAAAACACUAGGCUGGCCCGGCCCACAAGUGACGAGAGUUUCUCCAGGGAAACGACCCAGGACCUUUAUUCAGGAAAAUAAACAGAAUGCGCCACAGCGCUGGGUAACAAUAAAACCAAACCAAAAACCUAGCUCCUCUUUGAGCCUUUCUACAUGGUUCCUCCGGUCCCUCUCUGCUACUGGACAGCUAAGCCGUUUACCGGCGUAUCAAACAAAAGAAAACAGAAAUCUAACAGGCUUGUCCUAACUGGGGUCAGGUCUACAGCAAAGUAACGUCCGGUAGGUUCUUGUUCCGUUGGGUUCGAUGUCCCUUUCAGCAUGUCAGCUCUUGCUGGUCCAGAGACAAAAACAGAUCUGGCCAAAGCCAGGUUAAACAGCCACCACCCAACUUCCAAGCUAAUUACAUUCAGGUGUGUGUAAUUAGGCUCUCCCUUCCGGGCCACCCUCUCUCCUGGCCAGCAGAUGUAGCCAAUGAGCAGGAAUAUACCGGCCAUCACACACACACCCACCCUCUCACUCCAUCACAGAUAGUACAAACUUGGAGAAAUAUUGGGGUUAAGUGGGUAAAAAUGUCCAUAGAAGUCAUAGAAAAUGCUGAAUUUUUACACUUUAGCAAGUCUUUAUUCAUAUUCAAAAUCAGAUUUAUAGAAUUGUCCAUGUGGUCUAUAUCAAAGGGCACAUCAUGUAAUAUAAUGGGCUUUUAAAAUUCUAUAUAGGUGCACAAUUUCUACUUAAAAUAUCAAAAGGGACUAAUUUCCUGUAACGACCCAUGGAUGUGCGCAUGUGCCCUUGUUCACAGGCAGCAGCAGCUGAACAGGAAGAAAGUGGACCUGAUAGAACAGUACAGAUGUCAGAUCCAGAAGACCAAGCUCAAACACAGGAAACAACGGUAAAGAAAUUAUGUAGUGAAUUAGGGGGAACAGUCAGAAUGGGGGCUUGAACCAAUAACCAUCAGAGAGAUCAGACUACACACACAGGCCAGUUUAUUAGGUACACCCAUUUAGUACCGGGUUGGACCCCAUUUGCCUCCAGAACAGCUUGAAUUCUUCUGGGCAUGUGUCUCCUGAGUGGCGCAGUGGUCUAAGGCGCCGCAUCGCAGUGCUAACUGUGCCACUAGAGAUCCUGGUUCGAAUCCAGGCUCUGUCGCAGCCGGCCGCGACCGGGAGACUCAUGGGCGGCGCACAAUUGGCCCAGCGUCGUCCAGGGUAGGGGAGGGAAUGGCCGGCAGGGAUGUAGCUCAGUUGAUAGAGCAUGGCGUUUGCAACGCCAGGGUUGUGGGUUCGAUUCCCACGGGGGGCCAGUAUAAAAAAAUAUGUAUUCACUAACUGUAAGUCGCUCUGGAUAAGAGCGUCUGCUAAAUGACUAAAAUGUCAAUUCUACAAGGUGUCAGAAACGUUCCAUAGGGAUGAUGGUCCAUGCUGACGCAAUGGCAUCACGCAGUUGCUGUAGACUGGAUGGCGGUACAUCACAGGAUGCUGCUGAUGUACCAUAAUAAUGGCCAGAAAGGAGCAAAUGGAAUGGCAUCAAACACAAGGAAACCAGGUCUUGGGACUGCGCAGGCCACUCAAUUAAACUGAACUUGCUGUCAUGUUCCAGGCAAUGUUUUUCCACUGCUCAAUGGCCCAGUGUUGGGGAUCGCGUGCCCACUGGAGCACUUCUUCUUGUUUUUAGCUGAUAGGAGUUGAACCCGGUGUGCUCGUCUGCUGCAAUAGCCCAUCCGUGACAAGGAUCGACGAGUUGUGCGUUCCAAGAUGUCGUUCUGCACACCACUGUUGUACUGCGCCGUUAUUUACCAGUUUGUGUCCCGCCUGUUAACUUGCACGAUUCCUAACAUUAUCCUUCGACCUCUCUCAUCAACAGGCUGUUUUCACUCACAGGACUACCGCUGACUGGAUGUUUUUUGUUUGUCGCACCAUUCUCGGUAAACCCUUCUCGGUAAACCCACUGUCGUGCGUGAAAAGCCCAGGAGGGCGUCCGUUUCUUAGAUACUGGAUUCCGGCACGCCUAGCACCGAUGAUCAUACCCCGCUCAAAGUCGUUUAGGUCACUCGUUUCGCCCAUUCUAACGUUCUAUCGAACAGCAACUGAAUGCCUCGAUGCCUGUCUGCCUGCUUUAUAUAGCAAGCCACGGCCAAGUUACUCACUGUCUGUAGGAGCGAUCAAUUUUUGUGAAGGGGUACCUAAUAAACUGUCCGGUGAGUGUAAAUAUCCUGUGCAGUGGCGACCUGUUUUGAGCUCCACCUGUUUAGCUAAAACAUAUAUAUUAACUCAGCAAAAAAAGAAAGGUCCUCUCACUGUCAACUGCGUUUAUUUUCAGCAAACUUAACAUGUGCAAAUAUUCUUAUGAACAUAACAAGAUUCAACAACUGAGACACAAACUGAACAAGUUCCACAGACAGAUUCCACAGACAUUAUUCCACAGACAGAAAUUGAAUAAUGUGUCCCUGAACAAAGGGGGUGUCAAAAUCAAAAGUAACAGUCAGUAUCUGGUGUGGCCACCAGCUGCAUUAAGUACUGCAGUGCAUCUCCUCCUCAUGGACUGCACCAGAUUUGACAGUUCUUGCUGUGAGAUGUUACCCCACUCUUCCACCAAGGCACAUGCAAGUUCCCUGACAUUUCUGGGGGGAAUGGCCCUAGCCUUCACCCUCCGAUCCAACAGGUCCCAGACGUGCUCAAUGGGAUUGAGAUCCGGGCUCUUCGCUGGCCAUGGCAGAACACUGACAUUCCUGUCUUACAGGAAAUCACGCACAGAACGAGCAGUAUGGCUGUUGGCAUUGUCAUGCUGGAGGGUCAUGUCAGGAUGAGCCUGUAGGAAGGGUACCACAUGAGGGAGGAGGAUGUCUUCCCUGUAACGCACAGCGUUGAGAUUGCCUGCAAUGACAACAAGCUCAGUCAGAUGAUGCUGUGACACACCGCCCCAUACCAUGACGGGCCCUCCACCUCCAAAUCGAUCCCGCUCCAGAGUACAGGCCUCGGUGUAACGCUCAUUCCUUUGACGAUAAACGUGAAUCCGACCAUCACCCCUGGUGAGACAAAACCGCGACUCGUCAGUGAAGAGCACUUUUUGCUAGUCCUGUCUGGUCCAGCGACGGUGGGUUUGUGCCCAUAGGCGACGUUGUUGCCGGUGAUGUCUGGUGAGGACCUGCCUUACAACAGGCCUACAAGCCCUCAGUCCAGCCUCUCUCAGCCUAUUGCGGACAGUCUGAGCACUGAUGGAGGGAUUUUUCCUGGUGUAACUCGGGCAGUUGUUGUUGCCAUCCUGUACCUGUCCCGCAGGUGUGAUGUUCGGAUGUACCGAUCCUGUGCAGGUGUUGUUACACGUGGUCUGCCACUGCGAGGACGAUCAGCUGUCCGUCCUGUUUCCCUGUAGGGCUGUCUUAGGCGUCUCACAGUACGGACAUUGCAAUUUAUUUCCCUGGCCACAUCUGCAGUUCUCAUGCCUCCUUGCAGCAUGCCUAAGGCACGUUCACGCAGAUGAGCAGGGACCCUGGGCAUCAUUCUUUUUGUGUUUUUCAGAGUCAGUAGAAAGGCCUCUUUAGUGUCCUAAGUUUUCAUAACUGUGACCUUAAUUGCCUACCGUCUGUAAGCUGUUAGUGUCUUAACGACCAUUCCACAGGUGCAUGUUCAUUAAUUGCUUAUGGUUCAUUGAACAAGCAUGGGAAACAGUGUUUAAACGCUUAACAAUGAAGAUCUGUGAAGUUAUUUGCAUUUUUAUGAAUUAUCUUUGAAAGACAGGGUCCUGAAAAAGGGGUCUCUUUUGUGCUUUCUUGAGUAAGGCAGCUCCAAAAUGCAGGUGUUUCAGCCUAGCUCAGUGCUUUCUGUGGUGGUGGGGCAGCCAGCGGAAAAUAUGGUGCGUAGUGGUUGGUAAUGUUCUCUACUUGCGCCGUGAAUGGCUCACUACAUCACUGCAAAAUCUAUGGGUAGAGCUCGAAAAUUCAAGCCCUUGGGUGCUACCAUAGAGUUACAUUAGAAGUGCCCAUCCAAGAAGGCUCAAGGUCAUUGGCCUCAGAUAAAAUGACUUCAAACCACGUUAUAUCUACCGUAGCUUUGAUUGGACUGAUCAUGUCAACAUCAUACUUUCAAAAUCUUAGCUAGCAAGCUAGCAGUCAUCAUCUGAAUCAAUUCGACAGUCUACUGGCAAAUCCUUUUCAAUCCUUGUCAUAUGAAGAAAAAUUAUGAAGAGAAAUUAUAGAUAAAACGUAUCGGCCAUUGGACAUAAACAACAUUUGCCCACGAAGGACCGCCGCGGCACCUUCCUGUUCAAGUGAGCACAGCACAACAAGUUGAGUCCAAAAAUGUAUUGUAUGCUGCUGCAUAAAUUAUGUAAUAUUCCAGGGAGAUAUGUAUACUGUAGCUAAGAAAGUAAUACUAAGUGUAUGUUGGAUAGUAAGCUGUUAGUAGCCCAUGUGCCUCACCCUAAUAAUUUGGUCCCUUUUCCCCUCAUAAUUUUGCCUACUGUUCUGACUUGGUGGUGCACAUGUAGCCUAUAACCUGUUUUAGAGAAAUGUAAUCAUUUAAUAUUGUAAGAGCUUUCAUUGUCUGCUUAUAUGCCCCCUUUAUUUAUUCUACGGUUCUGACUUGGUGUACAGGGAGAAUACUGUAAGAAAGGCCCAUGUUCUGAAUUCUGUCGCUGUACAUUUCAAAAGUGCUGAACAAAUAGUUAUAUUGAUACAUCCGUCCUAGCUCGCUCAUGAAUGUCUUAAUAAAAAUUACGGAUUGCCUCUUAUCCGCUCGUCGUCCCCUUAUGCCAUAGUUGGUACGUCUCAAUUGUCAGUAGAAACCACAAGUCAGCCAUAUCAGCUAUGGGUUUUUUAAAGGCAGUUGUUGGUGCUAUCAUCUUCAGGACAGGAAUACCGGCUUACUUAACGGAGGAAUAAACACACAUGUUCAUCGUUGGUGUUUCAACCAGAACGCGGGAAAAAACCCUUUCUUUAUUUUCGCACAUGCGCAGUUGUACAUUUCUCAUAGGGCAUAACUGUACCAGUGUAAGAACACAAUUUAUAACAUAUUAGUCUAUAUGUUAACAGCAGUAAAUGAGGCUGAAUGAAUUGUUUCGCUGCCAGACAAGGCUCCGCUGAUAGCCAGGUGUAGCAGUGGUAAGGUGUUGGGACUCUGCUGUCGGGGCAGCUUUAUGUGGGCCCUAACAGUUUGUGGGCACUGUUUGUCACCGUUAUAGUGCAAUUAAUGUAUUGUUUAGUGUUGUGUUGUGCAGUGGCUUUGCUGGCAUGCAUCAAAAUAUAUAUAUAUAUUUUUUCCCCACCAAGAUUCACAUGCUAAAAUCGCCACUGAUCUUGUGUGCUUUUUCUGACGGGAUAAAGCUUGAAAACCAGCUCCAGCAGCAGAUAGAGCAGCAUAAGCACAUAAACUCUGUCUUUGUGAGUUUGUCUGCUUAUACCUGUGAGAAAUCUAUGAAUCCAAUAGAACUGAAUAGCUGUUAAAAUAAAUGGCAAUGACCUUACCUAGCCUGCCAAUAGCCUUUAGAGAGCGUCCACCAUAUUGCUUUCAUCUAUCCAGUCUUUCCAGAUCUGUGAAUACUAAAUGUUAUCUCUUCCCUCCAGAGCCCAGACAGACUGUCUGCUGAAAUAGAGAGCAUAGAAAACACCCAGUCUCAGCUGUUGAAGGCUGAUAAGAACCUCUACACACGAUAGACUUUAACAUGAGCUAGUGCACCAUCAGGUGUGCAACUGUGAUGUAUCUGUGUUUGAUAUGAGUGUGUGCUUGCAUGUGUCUAUAGAACAGCUGAAGUUGUCUCAGCUCUGCCAUCUAGAGGAGGAGCUGGAUGAGGCCAGGAGACAGACUCAGACAGAGACAACAGACACACACACAGACUAAACCCUGGAACUACACACUGUAAUAGUGGCCACUGUGUAUAUCAUAGUUACAGAUAGUCCCAUGGCUCAUAGUUACAGAUAGUCCCAUGGCUCAUAGUUACAGAUAGUCCCAUGGUCCAUAGUUACAGAUAGUCCCAUGGUUCAUAGUUACAUAUAGUCCCAUGGCUCAUAGUUACAGAUAGUCCCAUGGCUCAUAGUUACAGAUAGUCCCAUGGCUCAUAGUUACAGAUAGUCCCAUGGCUCAUAGUUACAGAUAGUCCCAUGGCUCAUAGUUACAGAUAGUCCCAUGGCUCAUAGUUACAGAUAGUCCCAUGGCUCAUAGUUACAGAUAGUCCCAUGGCUCAUAGUUACAGAUAGUCCCAUGGCUCAUAGUUACAGAUAGUCCCAUGGCUCAUAGUUACAGAUAGUCCCAUGGCUCAUAGUUACAGAUAGUCCCAUGGUUCAUAGUUACAGAUAGUCCCAUGGUUCAUAGUUACAGAUAGUCCCAUGGUUCAUAGUUACAGAUAGUCCCAUGGCUCAUAGUUACAGAUAGUCCCAUGGCUCAUAGUUACAGAUAGUCCCAUGGCUCAUAGUUACAGAUAGUCCCAUGGCUCAUAGUUACAGAUAGUCAUAUGUUCAGUGUGUAGAAGCAAACUGUUGAAAGUUUUGGGAUUGUUCUUUUUCCCUUGAUAUUGUGUAUUGUAUUCCUCUGUUUGGUAUUGUGGUUCUAGAUGAUUUUUACAUAAUUAUAGUUUUAUUUUUUAUUCAGGCAUUAUUGAAAGGAAGCGGAUAUUCGACUGGCAGAAGAAAAAUGUAAGAUUAGGCAUAGGGGUCGAAAUUAAUUAAGGUUAGGUGUAGUUUCAGUGAGGUUAGGGUUAGGGAAAUUGGGUUAGCGUAGGCUUCUGGCGGUCAAAUAUACAGUAUACUGUAUAUACACUGCCAAUGGCUGGGAUGAGAACAACUACACUCCUCAUAAAAAGCUCAAGGAUCUUUCUUGGUUAAAAGUUAAAUAAAUACCACUGUGUGUGUGUGUAUCCUUUGGCUUGUGAGCAACCUUUACAUGCAUUACACUGUAAGUAUCUGUAAUUAUGUUAAUUAUAGCAUCAGCCCCAUUCCACCUGACAAGCUAGUAUGUACUAAUGCUGUAGAACCUGUUGACGGGGGGAGGGAGGGAGCAGAGAGACACACAGAGCUGAGGCCAUGGUUGCAUGCUCCUCUCUGAGGUCUGUUGAACCUGAGAACUUGUUGUCAGUCUCUUUCUCAAGGUUCAGCUUUCAUCCCUCUAGGAUUAUGUCACAUAUUGGAGUCAAACCUACAGUAACAGAUUUUUCUUGUUCCUUCAUGCUGGUGUGUGUGUGUGUCUGUGUGUCUGUGUGUGUGUGUGUGUGUGUGUGUGUGUGUCACAUAUCAUGCAGGUACACACCACAACUCUACAGGGACAGUAAUCUGAAGCCAACACAGAGGUACUUAACACAGUGUGUCGGGUGUUAAUUGUUUAACUAGCACGUAUGUCAUCUAUUAUUACAGUUACUCAAACACACACAGACACACAGGGAAAACCACACACACACACAGGAGGAUCUAAACCAACUCCUAACCUCGCCUUCCAAACCCCAGUGUCUCUAGAGUUGAGACUUGAGGUUGAGAGAAAGCAAUAGGCUAAUGCUGCUGCCGACAGGAUUUCUCUCAGACUCCUGAUCCACUGAUCCACUCUCUCUGAGUCCCAGCUUACUGUCCAGUUCCAAGUGUGUUGAUCCAUGCCAGGUUUUCUCUGCUGUCCAGAGUCAGGCCCAGACCUGUGGCUCUGCUCUAUGUCUAGGAGGUGAGUCAGAGAGAGAGAGGAGGAAAGAGGAGCUUGGUGUGGCCCUGAAGCCUGUGGCACAUUCCUAGAAGAGACCACACCCUCAAUCGCACCUCACACACACACUCACUUUUCCAGCUGCUAACUUAGUUAAAAAAUAUUCAGUUGAGCAGCAUACACACACUAAGUCUAAGACAUUCUCACUCAUACACACGUAUGGUAAUACACUCACACUGUACGCAAAUUAACUUUCAUGGAGUGUUGUUAUCACAGCCAGGUCACCCGUGAUACAAGUCAGUAUUCGACGUUCAUCCAUGUCUGAGGACGUUGGGAGAUUACGUGGAAACUGGCCACUAGGGGCAACAGUGAGCGCUGUUACCUUCAAGUAGGUUUUGGUGUUGUGGACGGGGAUUGUGGAGGGCGUAAGCAUCUGCCCCUGAUUCCAAAGGUUGCAAGUUUGAAUCCUGCGAUGGAAAGUUGUUUUUGAGAUUUUUGUUUUAAGCCUAUCCCAAACCUUAACCCUUACCUUAACCAUUCAGAGUUAAUGCCUAACCAUUAUAUUUAAGAGUUCAUGCCUAAACUUAACACUUACCUUAAAAAUUCAGAGUUAAUGCCUAAACUUAACCUUAAACACUUAGAAAUUUGACGUUUGGAACAACUUAGAAAUUUGACGUUUCAGAAACAUAGAUGAACGUCUAAUUCUAACGUGAGACUGAGAGCUAGUUGUGUUAUCAGACACACCAGAGUAGAUUUGCUUAUGCCGGUCUAGAUCAGGUGUGUGCAUGUAGUGUGUGUGUAACACAGGGCAGGGUGCACCAAGGUACGUGGGCAGACAUCCAGACCGUGAGACACACCCUGCACUGAACAAGCAUGCAUAUGUCAGUGUGUGUGUAUGUGUGUGUGUGUGUGUGCUGCAGGAUAUCAGGGGAGCAGGGUGGAGCUGAUCUGACAGAACAAAAGAUGUCACACACACACACACACACACACACACACACACACACACAGUAAGAAAACUCAGUGCCCCUUAGGGAUAUGGGAAACAUGAAUGAACAUUUGGUUGAGUUGUCAACUAACCUGAAUUCAACCUGAAAUCAACAAAGAAUGUCACCAUGUCAUUGGAUUUAGGUAAAAAGUUAGGUGAAAAAAAUACUGAAAUUCCCUUGCAUUGAUGACUUUUUUCAAAUCCAAUCAGUUUUCCACUUUGAUUGAACAUCAUCACAUUGCAUUUUUUUGUUGAAAUUAGUGGAAACAACGUUGAUUUAACCAGUUUUGCCCAGUGGGAUUGUACUGGGCAGGGCAAACAGAUCAAGUACAACUCAACAUUUUUUGAUGGAUUAGACCUACUGGUAGACAUGGACAACUUUGUUAUGUUAACACUAUGCAUCUGAAUCAGCAUGCAGGAUGGUUUAGUCAUCGAAGAAACAAGAGCUCUAUGUCUCAGACUUCCCUGUCGGCAGAGAGAGAGAGAGAGAGAGAGAGAGAGAGAGAGAGAGAGAGAGAGGACAUAAAGAGAAGGAGGGAGAGGGGGGGUAAUAGCAAAGACAGUAUCGCAGAAACUGCUUCUCCAAUGGAAAUCCCCGAUAACGCUUGUAGGUGAUGUCAUGGCGACGUCGGCUUGCUAUGCUCAUGCGCAGAAACACGUCAUCGUGUGUCGUCUCGCGCCGAACUGCGCACUGGCAGGCCGUCAAAUCAAAGGCACUCCUUCAAUAUAAAGUUGUUUUUGACGAAAAUGAAAACGUUUCUGUUUGUCACUUUCACGAGGUUGGAGUAAUAACAUAUUCAACUACUUAAGACAUUGGCUCGAAUCUAGGUUGUGCCUAGAACUAUGCACCAAUUUGUAAGUCGCUCUAGAUAAGAGCGUCUGCUAAAUGACUAAAAUGUAAAUGUAAACUAAGGAAGCUAUUUUCACUUCUCUCAUUGACUUUUCAAAAUCCAAACCCCUGCCUGGUAUGCUUGGUCUGUUUAGCACGCGUUCCCGGAAGUCUCGCGAUGUUGCGGCUCUGGGUUUAGAAACUCUGUGGUAACAGUUUUUGAAAUAUGCCAGUAGUCAACUUCCAAUAGUUUUCAACUGUCAGCUUUCCAACAGUGAGAAUGGGAGGAGUUAGGAGGGAGGGAAGGGGAGUUAGUUGCUCAACUUCUUCCUUGUUGUAUCUCCGCGGUGUGGAAGAGCACGGGCAAAGAGGUAGGUUUAGCAGAGGCAGACAGGUCAGGCCUGAGUAGUGUGGAGCUCCUGGGCGUUUUGGGCGGAUAGGGUGGAGUCCCAAUGGGAGAAAGGAAUGUAAUACACAGACGAGCCGAGGAACACUAGUGGAAGUACCGCGGAACGGAUAUACGGCCAUACACAGCGGUUCAAUCCAGAUAGACAAGAGUAGCCUACAGGUUGUUGCCCACUUGAGGGUAAGAGACUGAAUCAUUAUGUCCGUAACAACUCUCUCUGAAACAGGUCAAUCUAUCCAAGUGAUAAUUUAUCCAGGUGAUCUCUCCGUGCCUUCUAUGAAUUAGUAUACAUAAUCUCAAUGUAACUCAGUAUAUGUAGCCUAUACUAUACCAAGAGAAUGAAAUAGCACUUUGAUCCUUGACGCAGUCAAAAGUUUACUGUAGUUAUGUAGCCGACAGUAUCUAUUGCGAUCACUGUUGGAUUAAGCUACUCUAGUAAUAACUCUGUAAUAACGUCUGGUUUCAUUGAAAGCUGCCAACCAAUAGAAACUCUGCAAGACUUGCUUGGCAGUCAUCAAUUAAUUGAUAUAAAUUCGCAUACACACAAAUAAACUGCUGUAUUAUAGUAGCCCUCUAUUAUAGCCUAUAUAUUGUCGUGCAUAAACAGGACAAGAUGUUGUCUGUCGUGUUAUCUAAUAAUGUAGACUACAUAGUUGGACUAAAGUCAAUUGAUAAUCAAAGUCCUAUGUCUUGUAAAUUACCACACAGAAGGUGUUUGUUUGUGUGUGUGUGUGUGUGUGUGUGUGUGUGUGUGCUGAGUACAGAUGUUCUGCUUUGUAUCUGACUGAUAAUAGGCCUACUUUAGCCUUCCUGUAUGUCAGCCUACUACUUUCUGUGUGUGUGUUUGUGAUUGUGUGUGUGUGUUUGUGAUUGUGUGUGUGUUUGUGAUUGUGUGUGUGUGUGUGUUUGUGAUUGUGUGUGUGUGUGUGUGUUUGUGAUUGUGUGUGUGUUUGUGAUUGUGUGUGUUUGUGAUUGUGUGUGUUUGUGAUUGUGUGUGUGUGUGUUUGUGAUUGUGUGUGUGUGCCUGUACGUGUGCGUGUUUACUACUGCCUCAGCUUUUGCCCAGGGGGCCAGCCGUUUAAGUCGCAGGUGGUAGUGUACUUGCCCCACAAGCAUAGAGUUGCUGGUUCAAACCUCGCUUCAGCAGAUUGCGCCCCCUCAGUCGCUACAAUAUAUGUAUCUCUAACUUAUUUAGUCUGCUUUGGCCUCUGAAUCAUAACGUCUAUACCAUACAACAUGAACUUUAGCAUAUGUACCACCUACACACUUGUAAACUCAAUGACCAACCUUCACAUCUAAGUUUUCAGUCUUUAUAUUACAAAAUAGAGGAUUUGCAGAUUGGAAUAGCACAUAUAGAUUUCUUCGUGCAUGUGUGUGUUCAUGUUCCUCCUGUUAGAUCAUAUGCUGUCAAGGCUGCACCCUUUGUUUGCAUUGUCUCAGGGUCAAUGUCAAUCCGUGUGUUUGUUCUCGUGCUUUCGAGAAUGCAUUCCAGCCCUUUGUGUACUUGUAGUAUCUGACCUUGAGUCAUUGUACUGUAUGUGGUGCUGUUGUCUUUUCAGUCAGACAGUGAUGACAUCCUGAUGAUAUAGGACAGGUAGAGGUACUUAUGUCUGUGGCUGUGUCUCAAAUGACGGCCUAACUCCCUAUGUAGUGCACUACUUUUGGACAGAGCCCUAUGUGAAUUAUGAUGGGAAUAGGGUGUCAUUUCAGAUCUGCCCGUGCGAGUGAUGAUAUAGAGAAGGACAGGUACACCCCCCCCCCCCCUUCUCUCUCUCGCUCUGCACUACUCUCGCUGACCUAUUUAAACGACUAACUGUAGAAUCCACCAGAAUCGGUAUGCAGGAUCAAUCUGUGUGUUUGUUUAGUGAGGCGUGUUCAGGUGUGUGUAUGAGGUGUGUAUGUGUGUAAGGUGUGUGUGUAUAGUUGUACAGGUUCUGUCUCCUCAUGCUGUGUUCACACAGGCAGCCCAAUUCUGAUAUUUCUUUCUACUAAUUUGUCUUUUGACCAAUCACAUCAGAUGUUUUCACAUCAGAUAUUUUUCACAGCUGAUCUGAUUGGUCAAAAUACCAAUUAGUGCAGAAAAUAUCAGAAUUGGGCUGCCUGUGCAAACGCAGCCUCAGUUACUUAUUCACGUGUUGAGACAGAGACAAAUGUUCCCUCUGCCUCUCUCUUUUCUUCUCUCUAUCCCUCGCUCCCUCCCUCUAUCUCCAUCAAUCCUCCUCUCUCUCUUUUUCUCUCUCCUGCCUUUUCUCCCUUGCUCCCUCUAUCAUUUCCUCUCCCUCCCCUUCCCCCCUCGCUCUCUCUUUAUCUAUCUCUCUAUCUUCCUCUGUCCCCCUCUCUCCCGUUGUUUACACAGGAAUGCAGAGAAUGGCGGGUCGGAACGUUGAUUGAACAAGCAUGGGUUAGGUAACUCUGAGUCAGACAGAGAUGAUAGAUAUAACUAUAUAGCCUGGAGUGGAGGUUUGGUUAUUAAAUCCUCCUGAAGUGGUUUGUGGUUUCAAACCCAUUCUGUUUGCUGCCUUUAAAACAGUCCUGCCCUUCUCUGCCCUUUUCUGAGAAACACAUAACAAACACAUGUGCGCAUGCACACACAGACACACACAAACACACACACAAUUCCUGUUAUUAUUCCUGUGUCAUCACUUGAGGUAAAGAAAAAGUUGUUGUUGCCACAACAAACCAAACAAAUAGAUGUCCCGUGUGGGAAUGUCUUGUUGGACAGGUACAGCAGACACGGUCAGCACUGGAUGUUGUCAUUCAUCUGUCUGCUAACCAAUCAGUGUGCCCCUUGUUCCCUCACAGCCAGUAAAACAGCGUGUGAUUGGCUUAACCCAAUCUCAACCAAUGAGCACACACACACGCACGCACAAACACACACACACAACUUGUGGAAGAUAUCUCAGGUUUACGGUGUUUGUUGUGUAAUUUCUACCUGCCUUAAGGUCAAGGUGAGUAACCCCACCUGUACAGUUACGCUCUCAUUCUGACACAACAACUUACCUCAGAGGAUAGGUUAGCGCAGGCCUUAAUCAAAUAUGACAAAGACAUCCUGUGAAGGUGAAAUUACAGAGGAGGAACUUCUGGAUGCAAUUAAAGACUUUAAGUCCGGGAAAACUCCAGGGUUGGAUGGCAUACCAGUCGAGGUAUACCAAACCUUUUUUGAUAUACUAAGAGGACCGUAAUUAGCAUGUUUUAACCACUCCUAUGUAAAUGGUAGAUUAUCUGACACUCAAGAAGAAGAUCUCAUUAUUACUGAAACAGGAUACAAGUGGAAAAUAUAAAGAUCCAGUCCAUUAAAAAAAUUGGAGGCCCCUUACACUUCAGUGUUGUGAUGCAAAAAUUCUAGCAAAAUGUAUAGCGCAUAAUUAAACAGGUAUUGUCGGAUAUUAUUCAUUCUAAUCAGACAGGUUUUUUACAUGGAAGAUAAAAAACCUCUGUAGCUCAGCUGGUAGAGCACGGCGCUUGUAACGCCAGGGUAGUGGGUUCGAUCCCCGGGACCACCCAUACACAAAAAUGUAUGCCCGCAUGACUGUAAGUCGCUUUGGAUAAAAGCGUCUGCUAAAUGGCAUAUUAUUAUUAUUAUUAUUAUUAUUUGGAGAUAAUAUAAGGCAAGUAUUGGAAACAAUAGAACCCUAUGGAAAAUAUGGGAAACCAGGCCUGCUAUUCAUAGCAGACUUCGAAAAGGCAGUUGAUAAAGUACGACUGGGGUUUAUAUAUAAAUGCCUGGAGCAUUUCAAUUUUGGAGAAUCUCUUAUAAAAUGGGUCAAAAUCAUGUAUAGUAACCCUAGGUGUAAAAUAGUAAAUAAUGGCUAUUUCUCAGAAAGUUUUAAACUGUCAAGAGGAGUGAAACAAGGUUGUCCACUAUUGGCAUAUCUAUUUAUUGUGGCCAUCGAGAUGUUAGCUAUUAAAAUCAGAUCCAAUAAUAAUAUCAGAGGAUUAGAAAUCCAGGGCUUAAAAACAAAGGUGUCAUUGUACGCUGAUGAUUCAUGUUUUCUUUUAAAUCCACAACUAGAAUCCCUCCACAGCCUCAUAGAGGAUCUAGAUACAUUUUCUAACCUCUCUGGAUUACAACCAAAUUAUGACAAAUGUACUAUAUUACGUAUUGGAUCACUAAAAAAUAAAAAAUGUACAUUACCAUGUAGUUUACCAAUAAAAUGGUCUGAUGGUGAUGUGGAUAUACUCGGAAUACAUAUCCCAAAGGAAAUAAAUGAUCUCACUUCAAUACAUUUGAAUAGAAAGUUAGCAAAAAUAGAUAAGAUCUUGCUACCAUGGAAAGGUAAAUACCUGUCAAUUUGUGGAAAAAUCACCCUGAUUAACUCUUUAGUAUUAUCCCAGUUUACCUAUUUGCUUAUGGUCUUGCCUACGCCUAGCGAACUGUUUUUAAAAAUUAUAUGAGUAAAAAAUAUUCAAUUUUAUUUGGAACGGCAAGCCAGACAAAAUUAAAAGGGCCUAUUUAUAUAAUGAAUAUGAAUUCGGAGGACAGAAAUUAUUAAAUAUUAAAGCAUUAGACCUAUCACUAAAAGCUUCAGUCAUACAAAAGUUAUACUUAAAUCCAAACUGGUUCUCAAGCAAAUUAGUAAGAUUGUCUCACCCAAUGUUCAAGAAUGGCCUUUUUCCCUUUAUUCAGAUCACAACCACUCAUCUCCAAAAUAUCACUAUUUCUAAAACAAGCCAUAGAAAGUUGGUUGCAAUUUCAAUUUAAUCCUCCAGAAAUGACAGAACAAAUAAUGCAACAAAUAUUGUGGUUAAAUUCAAAUAUACUAAUUGACAAAAAAACUUAAUUUUUUGACAGAAUGUUUAAAAAAGGUAUAAUCUUUGUAAAUGAUAUCAUCGGUAGGACUGGUGGAGUUAUGUCGCACAUGCAGCUAACAAAAACAUAUGGAAAUGUCUGCUCUACCCAAAAUUACAACCAAAUAAUUGCAGCCUUACCGCAAAAGUGGAAGAGGAAAGUGGAAGGGGGAGAAAGUAAGGAACUUGUCUGUCGGCCUUGCAUUAAAGAACAUAAUUGGUUAAGGAAAACUGUGAUAAAUAAAAAAGAAAUCAGUUUCACUUAAGGAUCAAAUGAUUGACAGCCGUCCCAUAUAGAUUGCAAAAUAGUUGGGAAGAGAUUUUUGAUGUACCGAUCCCAUGGCAUAGUGUUUAUGAACUGACACGCAAAACGACACCGGAUUAAAAAAUUUGAAUCUUUCAAUUUAAAUUAUUAUAUAAAAUUCUUGCUACCAAUAGAAUGUUAUUUAUAUGGGGGAUACAAUCUUCCCAGCUCUGCAGAUUUUGCUGUGAAGAGACAGAAUCAUUAGAUCAUUUGUUUUGGUUCUGUCCAUUUGUAGCUUAAAAAAAAAAAAAAAAAAAAAAAACCUGUGAUUUGAGAGUAGGACUAUUUAAUGCCUUGAGGUAAUGUUAUCCUUGGAGCACAGAGUCAUGCAGGUUAGCCACUAGACAAUCACUGUGCAGGAUGUAGCAUGUUAGCCGUAGCUAGCAGGCUGCUGGUGAGUCUCAGUGCUGCUGCUGAGUAAACUACAGCCAGCCUUUUAUCGAGUGGGCAGGGCUAUAACGUACCUGGUUACUAUGGUUACCUAUAGCUCUAGGUGUGUGUGGAUUUUACAUUACAUUUACAUUUUACAUUUAAUCACCACACUGUACGCUACAGAACAACCCAUCCACUCACCCACCCACCCACCCGGAUGCACCCCCACAUUUUAGUAGACACUCUUAUCCAUCGCGACUUACACCCACCCACUCGUAUCCUCUUUGGAGGACAAAAGUUUUUUUUGUUACAUAUACAUUUUACACACAUUUUACAUACAUGGUAGUUUUUUUUCACAGUUACAUAAAAUACAUCCGUUUUUAUAUAUAUAUAUAUAUAUAUAUAUACACACACAAACGUAUGUGGACACCCCUUUAAAUUAGUGGAUUCGGCUAUUUCAGCCACACCCGUUGUUGACAGGUGUAUAAAAUCGAGCACACGUCCAUGCAAUCUCCAUAGACAAACACUGGCAGUAGAAUGGCCUUACUGAAGAGCUCAGUGACUUUCAACGUGGCACCGUCAUAGGAUGCCACCUUUCCAUCAAGUCAGUUGGACUCUGGAGCAGUGGAAACGCGUUCUCUGGAGUGAUGAGUCACGCUUCACCAUCUGGCAGUCCGACGGACGAAUCUGGGUUUGGCGGAUGCCAGGAGAACGCUACCUGUCCGAAUGCAUAGUGCCAACUGUAAAGUUUGGUGGAAGAGAAAUAAUGGUCUGAGGAUGUUUUUCAUGGUUCGGUCAAGGCCCCUUAGUUCCAGUGAAGAGAAAUCUUAAUGCAACAGCAUACAAUGACAUUCUAGACGAUUCUGUGCUUCCAACUUUGCGGCAACAGUUUGGGGAAGGCCCUUUCCUGUUUCAACAUGACAAUGCCCUCGUGCACAAAGCGAGGUCCAUACAGAAAUGGUAUGUCCAGAUUGGUGUAGAAGAACUUGACUGGCCUGCACAGAGCCCUGACCUCAACCCCAUCGAACACCUUUGGGAUGAAUUGGAAAGCCGACUGCGAGCCAGGCCUAAUCGCCCAACAUCAGUGCCCGACCUCACUAUUGCUCUUGUGGCUGAAUGGAAGCGAGUCCCCGCAGCAAUGUUCCAACAUCUAGUGGAAAGCCUUCCUAGAAGAGUGGAGGCUGUUAUAGCAGCAAAGGGGGGACCAACUCCAUAUUAAUUAGUGCCAAUGAUUUUGGAAUGAGAUGUUCGACGAGCAGGUGUCCACAUACUUUUGGUCAUGUAGUGUAUAUACACACAUAACCUUUCGGAUAGUUAGUACUUGGACAUCUAUAUAGUGUUUUCAGUAAUAACUAUUACCGAUCAUGAGCUUUUUAAACCCAGCCCUCUGCUACUCUCAACCCAGCCCUCUGCUACUAUGCGAUUGAACUUCUCUAAUCGCAUAGUAUCCACAGAUUGUACGUUAAAGAUAAAUAUUUUCCCUAAGAGUAUUAUUAUAAUGUUGAUUGAUUGACUAUGGCUUUCCAAAUCACCCAACACUGCUAUUUGUAGGGUUAACACACAUUCACACCCACACAUUUUAAGCUCUUAUCCAGAGCAAUUUACGGUAGUGAGGUCAUACAUUUUUUGUACUGGUUUCCCAUUGGAAUCAAACCCACAACCCUGGUGUCGCAAGCGCCAUGUUCUACCAACUGAGCAACACAGUCAGUCAGUCAAGCCGCAGGCUACGUCAUUCACAAGCUGCAGGUUUUCAUGGUGAGGUGAGCAAACAGGUAAAAACACUUCCUGUCUAGUUGACAUGUGUUCAGACUCAUGUUCAGAGCAUGCCCAGUAAAUGCCACCCUAUGCCCUAUAUAGUGUUCAGUAUAAGGAAUAUGGUGUAAUUUCAGAUGUGCCCAGUCUCCAUAUACCAUCUGUACUGUGCCAGCAUGCGGAACACUCUAAGCAGUGUUUUCAGUUGGUGGAUGUGAACAAAUAAACACGUCAUCAGUGUCAUUCCGACAUGCUAUUGCACUGUAAUAUGUAUUACCCCAGACAGGCACUUAAAAAAAACAUCUAGUUGAUUCAACUAGUUAUUAUUUAGUAACUGGUUCCGCAGCCUUUUUUAGUUUACUUAACUUUUCGGUCAAAGUGUUACCUGAACUAAACAUUUCUAGUUGGCCCAAACUUGAGAAAACUUAGGUUAGGGACACCCACAAAUUCAAGUAGCGCUUUGAACAUACAAUGUUUUCUGCCAUUACGAAAACUGGCUCAAAUUAAGAUCCUACAUCUGUACUUACAGCCUGACACACCUGUAAGACAUGUUUACUCAACACAACUAUGGAUGAACCUGUCUACACAGAUCUCUCUCGCUUUUCUUCUUUCUCUCUUAAUCUCACUCUGUAUCUCUUUCUGUCUGUUUCUCUUUUUUAAUCCCGACCUGAUUUGAUAUUCGAUUAAUCAUCUGUAUCAUAAUGACAUUUGGCAUUGGCAUUGCCAUGCUAAAUAUUAGUAUUUACUGUCAUAUUAAUCACUAAAUACUGUUGUGAUCUGUAAUUUCUGUUAAAUCUUGUGCAGAUGUGUUACUGUAAGCAGGAUUGUGUGUUAAUGUGAAGGGUGUACUCGUUACACCAGUUGUCAAUGACUCAACAACAAUACCUUUAUUAUGUAGGUCGUCUUGAUCUGGUCAGCAUGUCUACCUGAGUGUACUGUCACUAAGAGUUCUCUCUCUCUAUCCUAUGACCCAUUGCUCUCUUUAUAAUCUCUCUCUCUCGCCCUCUCUCUCACCCCCUCUCGCCCUCUCUCUAUCCUAUGACCCAUUGCUCUCUUUAUAAGCUCUCUCUCUCACCCCCUCUCGCCCUCUCUCUAUCCUAUGACCCAUUGCUCUCUUUAUAAUCUCUCUCUCUCGCCCUCUCUCUCACCCCCUCUCGCCCUCUCUCUAUCCUAUGACCCAUUGCUCUCUAUAUAAGCUCUCUCGCCCUCUCUCUCUCUCCUAUGACCCAUUGCUCUCUUUAUAAUCUCUUUAUCUCUACCUCCCCCUCUCUGGGUACAGUAUGGGUGUUGUGUGUUGCUUUUUGAUAGAGAGGGUUAUCACAGAGUUUUUCCCAGAGGCGCAACAUCUUGACACUUCCGGGAACGCGUCGCGAAGCAGACUCGACCGACAGGGUUUGGCAAGUCAAUGGGAGAAGUGAAAGAUUUGUCCGUAGUUGUUAAUUUUGUCGAAUUCUAAAGGCAAUAGAUUGGAGCCAAUGUCUUAAGUAACUGAACCUGUCAUUACUACAACCCCGUGAAAGUGACAAACUAACACGUUAAAAUUUUUGUCCAAAACAACGAAGGAGUGCCUUUCAUUUGACAGCCUGCACAUGCGCAGUUCGGCGCAACAUGACCGUUAGACCCGAUGACGUGUUUCUGCACAUGAGCUUUGUUAGCCAACGUCGCCAUGACAUCGCCUACAAGCGUGAUCGGGGAUUUAUAUUGGAGAAGCAGUUUCUGCAUAUCUUCAUACUAUACUGUCUUUGGUGUUAUGUUGGUAUACACUAGGCAACAGAUUGUUUUAGUAAGGGUGUUUGCUCUGUCACAUUAAUACACAACAUAUUUGUUUAGGGUACUCUAUCACUAACAGAGGAACCUUACUAAAUCAAGUAAAAAAUGAUGGAAGCUACAAUCUAUCUGCAAAAAAAACGAAAAACGAAAAUAUAUAUAUUAUGUGUAUAUUUUUCUCCCAAAGGUUUGAGUCCCUUCCCCCUAACCCCGACCCCAUCAUGGCCCACCGGUCCCAGAGUUCGGACAUCGGGGACAACCCCCAGGACCCUAACUUCCUGACCCCCCACUACAGAGAAGAAUACCGUCUCGCCAUCGAUGCUCUGGUGGAGAGAGACCUACAGGUACAGAAGAAAUGUGUGUGUGGCGUGCAUGCCCGUGUGGUGUCAGUGUGUGUGUGUGUGUGUGUGUGUGUGUGUGUGUGCGUGUGAUUACUCCAGUGUGUGUUCUCUCUCCAGGGCUACUAUGAAUUUCUUCAGGCAACAGACGUGGUCGACUUCCUCUGUCAACCGGAAAUCAAACACAUCAAGACCACGAUCCAGACACCCAACCAGGCCCCAACCUCGAACGUACCGGAGCUGCCCUAUCAUGAGGUAGCGUUAAUAAUGAUAAUGAUAUUAUUGAAGUGAGAAGAUAAGUAUUUAUGACAGUCUGAGCUACAUGAAGGCGUCAUAGUAAAAAGUGUGUUUUCAGGUGACAGAGUCUGCAAAUGAUUGAUUGAUUGAUAAAUUAAUUUAAUGUCAAUAAAAAAGAGGUGGAGACAUUGUAUAAUAUUGUAUAUAUAAACUCAGCAAAAAAAGAAACGUCCCUUUUUCAGGACCCUGUCUUUCAAAGAUAAUUUGUAAAAACCUAAAUAACUUCACAGAUCUUCAUUGUAAAGGGUUUAAACACUGUUUCCCAUGCUUGUUCAAUGAACCAUAAACAAUUAAUGAACAUGCACCUGUGGAAUGGUCGUUAAGACACUAACAGCUUACAGAUGGUAGGCAAUUAAGGUCACAGUUAUGAAAACUUAGGACACUAAAGAGGCCUUUCUACUGACUCUGAAAAACACCAAAAGAAAGAUGCCCAGGGUCCCUGCUCAUCUGCGUGAACGUGCCUUAGGCAUGCUGCAAGGAGGCAUGAGGACUGCAGAUGUGGCCAGGGCAAUAAAUUGCAAUGUCCGUACUGUGAGACGCCUAAGACAGCGCUACAGGGAGACAGGACGGACAGCUGAUCGUCCUCGCAGUGGCAGAACAUGUGUAACAACACCUGCACAGGAUCGGUACAUCCGAACAUCACACCUGCGGGACAGGUACAGGAUGGCAACAACAACUGCCCGAGUUACACCAGAAACGCACAAUCCCUCCAUCAGUGCUCAGACUGUACGCAAUAGGCUGAGAGAGGCUGGACUGAGGGCUUGUAGGCCUGUUGUAAGGCAGGUCCUCACCAGACAUCACCGGCAACAAUGUCGCCUAUGAGCACAAACCCACCGUCGCUGGACCAGACAGGACUAGCAAAAAGUGCUCUUCACUGACAAGUCGCGGUUUUGUCUCACCAGGGGUGAUGGUCGGAUUCGCAUUUAUCGUCGAAGGAAUGAGCAUUACACCGAGGCCUGUACUCUGGAGCGGGAUCGAUUUGGAGGUAGAGGGUCCGUCAUGGUCUGGGGUGUGUGUCACAGCAUCAUCGGACUGAGCUUGUUGUCAUUGCAGGCAAUCUCAACGCUGUGCGUUACAGGGAAGACAUCCUGCUCCCUCAUGUGGUACCCUUCCUGCAGGCUCAUCCUGACAUGACCCUCCAGCAUGACAAUGCCACAAGCCAUACUGCUCGUUCUGUGCGUGAUUUCCUGCAAGACAGGAAUGUCAGUGUUCUGCCAUGGCCAGCGAAGAGCCCAGAUCUCAAUCCCAUUGAGCACGUCUGGGACCUGUUGGAUCAGAGGGUGAGGGCUAGGGCCAUUCCCCCCAGAAAUGUCCAAGACCUUGCAGGUGCCUUGGUGGAAGAGUGGGGUAACAUCUCACAGCAAGAACUGUCAAAUCUGGUGCAGUCCAUGAGGAGGAGAUGCACUGCAGUACUUAAUGCAGCUGGUGGCCACACCAGAUACUGACUGUUACUUUUGAUUUUGACACCCCCUUUGUUCAGGGACACAUUAUUCAAUUUCUGUUAGUCACGUCUGUGGAACUUGUUCAGUUUGUCUCAGUUGUUGAAUCUUAUGUUCAUACAAAUAUUUACACAUGUUAAGUUUGCUGAAAAUAAACGCAGUUUACAGUGAGAGGACAUUUCUUUUUUUGCUGAGUUUAUAUUCAUAUUUUCCUGUUGUCAUAGUGUAAAUAUAGUUAACUAACAGCCUGCCCGUGUUUCCCCCAGGCAGACGCCGACGGCUCGUCAGACACCUACUGGCCGAUGCACUCUGACACAGCUGCCCCGGGGUUGGACCUGGGCUGGCCCCUCCAGGCGCACAGCUUUAUCGGCCCCACCGAGGUCACGACCCUGGUCAACCCCAGCGAGCCCGACAUGCCAAGCAUCAAGGAGCAGGCCAGACGACUCAUCAAGAACGCACAGCACGUAUGUGGAGGGGCGGGGAGAAGGGAUGUACACAGACACACACACACACACUCACACAGACUCACACACAGCACGUACAGCACUUACAGAGGCACAUACACACACACACCUGUUCAGGUCUACGUGGUGUAAAGGGGAAGUGUACCGUAUGUCAAAUCAAAUCGAAUUGUAUUGGUCACAUUCGCCGAAUACAACAGGUGUAGACAUUGCCGUGAAAUGUUUACUUACGAGCCCAUUCCCAACAAUUCAGUGUUAAAAAGUAAGAAAAAUAUUUGCUAAAUAAAAAAGGAAAUAGUAACACCAAGUCAAUGUGCAGGAGUACCAGUACCAAGUCAAUGUGCAGGGGUACCAGUACCAAGUCAAUGUGCAGGAGUACCAGUACCAAGUCAAUGUGCAGGAGUACCAGUACCAAGUCAAUGUGCAGGGGUACCAGUACCAAGUCAAUGUGCAGGAGUACCAGUACUAAGUCAAUGUGCAGGGGUACCAGUACCAAGUCAAUGUACAGGAGUACCAGUACCAAGUCAAUGUGCAGGGGUACCAGUACAAAGUCAAUGUGCAGGAGUACCAGUACCAAGUCAAUGUGCAGGGGUACCAGUACCAAGUCAAUGAGCAGGGGUACCGGUACCGAGUCAAUGUGCAGGGGUACCAGUACCAAGUCAAUGUGCAGGAGUACCAGUACCAAGUCAAUGUGCAGGAGUACCAGUACCAAGUCAAUGUGCAGGAGUACCAGUACCAAGUCAAUGUGCAGGGGUACCAGUACCAAAUCAAUGUGCAGGAGUACCAGUACCAAGUCAAUGUGCAGGGGUACCAGUACCAAGUCAAUGUGCAGGAGUACCAGUACCAAGUCAAUGUGCAGGAGUACCAGUACCAAGUCAAUGUGCAGGAGUACCAGUACCAAGUCAAUGUGCAGGGGUACCAGUACCAAGUCAAUGUGCAGGAGUACCAGUACUAAGUCAAUGUGCAGGGGUACCAGUACCAAGUCAAUGUACAGGAGUACCAGUACCAAGUCAAUGUGCAGGGGUACCAGUACCAAGUCAAUGUGCAGGAGUACCGGUACCAAGUCAAUGUGCAGGGGUACCAGUACCAAGUCAAUGAGCAGGGGUACCGGUACCGAGUCAAUGUGCAGGGGUACCAGUACCAAGUCAAUGAGCAGGGGUACCGGUACCGAGUCAAUGUGCAGGGGUACCAGUACCAAGUCAAUGUGCAGGUGUCACGUUCGUUGACGGACGGGUCAGACCAAGGCGCAGCGUGAUAUGCAUACAUGUUUAUUUAAACCGAGUCAAUGUGCAGGGGUACCAGUACCAAGUCAAUGUGCAGGGGUACAAGGUAGUUGAGGUAAUACAGUAUGUACAUGUAGGUAGGGGAAACAGUGACUAGUCAAUCAGGAUAGAUAAUAAACGGAGUAGCAGCCGAGUAUGUGAAGAGUGUGAAAGUGUGUCUGUGUGAGUGUGUGUGGCGUCAAUAUGUGUGUGAGCAUGUGUGUGUUGGAGUGUCAGUGUAGUAUGUGUGAGUGUGUGGGUAGAGUCUAGUGAGUGCAAGAGAGUCAGUGCAAAAAAAUUCAGAUAAAACAAAUAAAUAAUAAAAGGGGUCAAUGGUAAUAAUCCGGGUAGCUACUUGAUUAACUGUUCAGCAGUCUUAUGGCUCGGAGGUAGAAGCUGUUCAGGUGCCUUUUGGUCCCAGACUUGGCGCUCCGGUACCGCUUGCCGUGCGUUAGCAGAGAGAACAGUCUAUGACUUGGGUGGCUGGAGUCUUUGACAAUUUUUAGGGCCUCCCUCUGACACCACCUGGUAUAGAGGUCCUGGAUGGCAGGGAGUGUAGCCCCAGUGAUGUACUGGGCCGUACGCACUCCCCUCUGUCGGAUGCCGAGCAGUUGCCAUACCAAGUGGUGAUGCAGCCAGUCAAGAUGCUCUCAAUGGUGCAGCUGUAGAGAUGUUUGAGGAUCUGAGGGCCCAUGCCAAAUCUGUUCAGCCUCCUGAGGGGGAAGAGGCAUUGUCAUGCCCUCUUCAUGACUGUGUCGGUGUGUUUGGACCAUGAUGAUAGGUCCUUAGUGAUGUGGACACCGAGGAACUUGAAGCUCUCGACUCGCUCCCGUUAAUGUUAAAUGGGGGCGUGCUCGGCCCUCUGUUUCCUGUAGUCCACGAUAAGCUCCUUUGUCUUGCCCACAUAUGUCCCAGCAGUGAGGGGAGGAGUGGAGUCCAACUGACAGUUACAGAUCACACCUGUAUUCCCAAACCCAGGCCUUCUCACCCCAAUCCACCCAACAACACACCGUUAUCGUAAUAGCAUUCCCAUCCCGUUGAAUAUCUAUUCUGUUCUUUUUUAUCAGGCGUUACCUCUCAGUCACUAUCCCUCAGACAGAGAUCCAGUGUUGCAGAUAGAGUGAUGUUAAUGAUUAUUUGUUAGUUAGAACUAUGGACGCUGUUGUCUUAAACUUUGUCAGUCAGUCAGUCAGUCUGCCCCCGCUCUGCCCUGCUUAUCCACCACGCCCUGUCCCUGAAGAUGAAUGACUUGCACUCAGCUCAACCUCCUAAAGAAUACAAUUACGUUUCAGUGUGUGUGCGUGUGUGUGUGUGUGUCUAAAUGUCACCAGAGUUGCCAAACCUGUUAAUCUGACUGGCCAUGUCUCUGUCACUGUCCUCCCUCUUUCUGUGUGUGUGUGUGUGUGUGUGUGUGUGUGUUUCAUGUACAACUAUGCUGAAUAAACCAAAACCUGAUGUGAUAUUUUCUAGUUUCUAAUUGGCUAAUGUGAUAUUUUCCUGUCUCUCAUUGGGCGUUGCUAGGUCAUCGCCGUGGUGAUGGACAUGUUUACAGAUGUGGAUCUGUUUUCUGACUUGCUGGAUGCUGCGGCGCGUCACGUCCCCGUCUACAUCCUAUUGGACGAACAGAAUGCCCAUCACUUCGUCUCCAUGGUGACCAACUGCAAGGUCAACCUGGACCUUGUCCACGUGAGUCUCUGUGUUUGGCCUAGAUUGAACUAUUUUAGGCGGGGUGACUCUCCACGUCUUAACUCAGGUUAACCUACUAGGUGUGCAGGCAUUUGAUCCAGCCCAGCACUAGCACACACAGCACAAGGCUAAGAAAUAAAAAUAGUUAUUAAUAGUUUGAAAAACACAUGGUUUGAGCCGACAGUCUUACAGACAGUAUUCCAGUGUUUCUGUGUUGACUGGCAGGAGGCCACUGUUUCAUAGCAGUAAGUAAUUUAUUUACCUACUGUACUAUUACAUGAUGUCUAACUGAUAGAUCUGAGCUUGGUUACAUAAAUGUCAACAGAGUGGACAAACUGGUUUGAUUUUCCCUUAGAACUCACUACAGAAUUACAUCAUUUAUUAAAGACAUUAACCCCUUGUGACUCUGAAUAACUAUUUUGUGUAUUCGUGUGUGUGUGUGUUGCAGAUGAUGCGUGUGCGGACGGUGGCGGGGGUGACCUAUUUCUGUCGGACAGGGAAGUCAUUUAAAGGACAGGUGAAAAACCGCUUCCUAUUGGCUGACGGCAGGGCAGUGCUCAGCGGAAACUACAGGUGAGCAUAGAAAUAUAACAGAUUUCAACACUUGACUAUAGUUGAGCAUAGAAACACAGCAGAUAGAACAGAUAUCAGAUACUUCUUUAGUCGCAGAAGCUAAUGUGUCAUAUCCUGUUUCCUGUAGUUUCAUGUGGUCCUAUGAGAAGCUGCAUCGCUGCAUCGCUCAUCUCUUCCUGGGAGAGCUGGUCACCACCUUCGACGAGGAGUUCCGCAUCCUGUUCGCUCAAUCACAGCCCCUCACUGUUGACCACGCCCUAGUGCCUGUUUCCUCUGACAGCAGCAGCAGCAGUUACUACGGUAACCAGUUUGGGUUGAAGCGGACCCAGUCCCUGCGAAACCCUUGGGGUUUCCAACGACACACCCCCGAACUUCCGGCCUACCCUUUCGGAGGAGGAGAUUCCGAGCGCUCUGCAUUCCACAGAGAUGACAUGUUCCGACACACCAUAGAACCAGGAGGACUGAAUCUUGGGAAGUUUGCAGCGUCACAGCAGUUCAGGAUGCAGCAGUCCUUCCUGGAACAGGGCCGCUCCAUGGUCUCCAGGUGGGAUGGUGCACGUAGAUUUAUGUAAAACUAGAUUUGAUGUAGAACUCACCAUCACAUGAAGGUUGUGUCUGUAAUGGCACUCUAUUCACUAUAGAUCACUACACUCUUAGAAAAAAGGGUUCGGCUGUCCCCAUAGGAAGAACCCUUUUUGGUUUCAGGUAGAACCUUUUUUGGUUCCAUUUAGAACCCUUAUUGGUUCCAUGUAGCACCCACUGUGGAAAGGGUUCUACAUGGAACCCAAAAGUGUUCUACCUGGAACAAAAAGGGUUCUACAUUGAACCAAAAAUAGUUAUUCAAAGGGUUCUCUUAUGGGGACAGCCAAAUAACCCUUUUAGGUUCUAGAUAGCACCUUUCCUUCUAAGAGUGUAUACAUGGAAUAGAGUGCCAAAGUCAAACAUGAGUAUUCAACCGAUUUUGGGGAACUUUACCCAUAAACAGUUAACCUAUUAUAUUAAAUUGUUUAUGUGUCCUCUGUUACCAUAUUAAAGUGUUUUGUUUGUGUUUCCUGUGUUCGCAGGCAGAUGGAGAUAAGCGCCAGUGACUAUAAGAGGCACAGCUAUGCAGAGGGAACCCAGGAGAGCUACUCCUCUUCCAGACAGUACAUGAAGCACAGAGUCAUGAACAACCUGGAGGAGACAGAGCAGCACUACCACAGGUACUAGUUAGUUAAUUAGUUAGUUGGUUAGUUAUUUAGUUUAUGUUGUCUUUGUCAGCUUGACUUAAUAUUGUGAUCAGGUCAGGCAAAACUCUUGGCCCUAGUUAUAAUCUUUAAAAAAAGAUAUGUAAAGCAUGUUGGGUUUUUAUGAUCCAUUAUUCUGAUGAUGUUGAUGACGAUGAUGCUUCUGCUGCUGCUGAUGAUUUCUGAACAUGUUUGUAUUCCAGGGAGCAGAGCCAGUCCAGCCACUACUACCAGGGUGGUGAGGGACCUGGGUUAGGGCUGGGGUCAGGGCUAGAGGGAUCUGGCUCAGGCCAUGGACACUACAACAGGCUGAGGAACAGACCAGCGCUGGACCAGUACUCUGACUCAGGCUACCCCCAUGAGGAACCUCCUGGUCCAGAGGGAUACAACAGAGACUACUUCUCCUCUGAGGACCUGAAACAUGACCCGGGACAACCACCGGCAGGGGGAAGGUACGUGGUAUGGAGAGUCCACUGGACUGGAGAAUGAUGAGUCAUAUUUUUUCACUGUUGACUGCUCCCACUAGAGUUCUUAAAUGAAGCUUUUAGUGAUACGCACACAACAUUUCGGUCAAAAGAAAUUGUAAGUAUCAACCAUGUCACUCGAAAUGUGUGUAUACUAAUGUAACACCUUCUCCUUUGUCUAGGUACGGAGGUGGCAGUGGCCACAAGAGGCCGACGGUGGGCCAGCCCUACGCCUGCCUGUCAUCCCCCACCCAUCCCCACCCCCCAGAGAAGCAGCUGUUCCCCAUCCCAGCGGAGGCAGACCACGACCAGGACCCCAACGUCAGACAGGGCCUCCGCAGCUGGAGGAUCAACUCCUACCUCAGCGCCUACGGGGACACAGGAGAGGAGGGGCUGCCCCAACCUCUGGGCCCUGACGCUUUCCAAGACCCAGAGUCUGAGGGGAAACCAUACACCCAUGAGGGGUCUGUACCCCGCUUUGAGGCGAGAGAGCCUCCGAAUGUCCCCUACAAGCCUAGACCGGAUAUCCGACCGCUGCGCUUUAGCAAGCCCUUAAUGCCUGAGAGCAUGGGGAAGGACAGGGCUGACCGUUGUACCACAGAGUGGGAGAGAGAGAGAGAGAAAGAGCGGGAGGUGGGGGGGAGGGAGGUGGGGGCGGACGUGGAGAUGCCAUCGUCGAGGGAGGCUCCGGGGGAGGUCUCGCUCUCCAAACACGAGUCGGUCCGGAUGCGGAUCAACCCGAUGCUCCAGAGGAGCUCCCGGCUGCGCUCCUCCCUCAUCUUCUCCUCCUCCAAGAUGGAGACCCACAUGGGAGGCCUGGGCAUGAAGGUCUUUAUUACCUUUCAUAUCAUCUCAGAUUUGUUUUAUUUGUUAUUUAUUUAUUUAAUUCCAGUGUAUUGCAACCUUGAUUUGAAAUGUGCCAUACGAAUAAAGUUUAAUUUGAUUUGAUGCAGGUGGCCAACGAGGAGGACGAGAAUUCCGAACCGCUCCGCACCACCUCCAUCGUCCAACAGAUCCUGGAGAAGAGACGCUCCUUGACCCGGGAACCCUUUGAGUGGAGGAAGAAGGCAGAGGAUAACGAGAGAGAGAAGGAGAAAGAAGAGAAGGAGGCUCGGUUGAAAGAGAAGGCUGAGCUAAAGAAGGAGCCCCCCAAAGUAACCCCAGCCAGCAGAGAGGUGCCUAAGAACCCCCCGGCCGAUCUGGAGACCACGAAAGUUUCCCCAGCAUCUACAGAUCCCCCCAAACCCCAGACAUUGAACAUGAACGACCCUUCCAAUAGACUGCAGUACUUCAUGGAGCUGGCUGCUAAGAGGAACGCAUCUAAAGAGGCUGUGAUAAAAGAACCUCCUCAGAAGAAACCAGACCUCUCAGACACUCCUUCUUCCAGCACCACCACAACCACCACCUCGGUCCCCAAAGUCCCCUUGUUUUUCGUGACUGCUCCAGAGCCUGCCCCAAAGAAACCACAAGUCGCAGCCACACCAGAGCUAACACGCAAACUGUCCAUCACCUCAAGAUUCAAAACCUCAGAACCUGACGCUUCUACUACCACAGUCCAGAGAAGAGACAGCAGCUCGGAGUCACAGAGGAAAGAGAAAGAGCCCGGUAAGAUUCUAAAGCCAUUCCCUUCUCCGAAGAUCUUCAAGAGGGACGCUCUGAAGCUGUUCAAGAGCUCCAACCCACGCCACGUCUCCUGCGAUGAGGAAAUGCUAACGACGGACGCUACAGACGCGGAGAAAAGCGAGCUGAAGAGGUCUCGCUCCAAAAGCUCGUCCGGUAUGUCACAGACCGAGUCCAAGGAGGGGCUCCACAAGAACCUGGGCUCCAACAUCUCCCUCAACACCAUAGGAGGGGAGGGCAAGGCCGACGCCAAGCCCCUGGACUUCCUCAAGAAGCAGACCCAAAGACUCAAAGGUAUGUUGUACUGUCUGUGUGUCUGUCACGGAUUGUUACGUCCAUGUUUACUGGUUUUCAUUUUUUUAAAUGUAAUUGCUGUGCUCAUGAUGUAUAAAACAAAUUCCCUUAGGAGCAAUAAAGGUUUUAAUUUAUUCAUUAAUUCAAUUAUUAAUUCAAAGGCUUCCUGGGACCCAAGGACAAGAAGAGUUCCGGUGGUGCGACAUUGGCGUCCAACGGAGACGAAAAGACCAUGAGAACCGUGCCGGAGAGCUCAGAGGAGCCUGGGAUCGCCGCUAAACACCUGAGCUCCUCUGCCGACGCUAAAGCCACAGACCACACCACCUCCUCAGCCAAUUACAAAGCUGCAUCCAAAACGACAGGUCUGUCUCGGUACCAGAGCUCCAGCGGCUCAGUUCUGUUCAGUAGCAACCUGAGAGACGACACCAAGGUCAUCCUGGAACAGAUCUCUGCUAACAGCCAGAAGAACCGGCUGGAGCGAGGAGGAGGAGAGGAGGCCGGAGGGGAGAAGGGCGUAGACGUAGCGGGGGAGAAAGGAGGGCUGGAAAGGGAGCCAACGCUGAAAAAGAACCGCUUCAUGAGGCCCCAGGCCAACCCUCAGGAGAGAGAUAGUCUCCUGAAGAGGAUCGAGAGCAUGAGGAAGGACAAGAAGGUCUACAGCCGCUUUGAGGUACUCUACCUUAGCAGACAGAAGGUCUGCAGGGAGGAGGAGGGCUACAGGAGAGGGGAAAGAGAGGAGGAGGAUAGAGGGAGAGGAGGAGGAUAG